UGUUGGGCGAACUGCCCAAGCAGAAUUCGUGGUAUUCCCGCAACAUCAUGUCAGAUCAACUCAUUGCCCCGGCAUUUAUCCCACCCCUUUUUCAGCGAUGCUCUUGGAUAAUGAAGCAAUCGAAGAGUUGUCGGAUGUGGACCUCGCCGAACAAAUUGCCCAUCUCCGCGAGACGCGGGGGGUUAACUCGCGCGUGAUCGAGAUAUCUGACUCGUAUUUCUCCAAGGCCUACUACGACUCGGAAGAUGUCGAAGACACUAGAUGCGCAAUGCUGCAGGCUAAAGCCCUCGGCGUUUCCGUCCCGGCCGUCAAGAGGGUCGUUCACCAAGGAAAGGGUUUUGAGUUUAUCCAGACGCGCAUCCAUGGUCAUGAACUCAUGGCCAUCUGGCCUAGCAUCGGGCUGCUUUCGACGGUGCGGCUUGCCUUUCAGCUCCGAGGUAUGGUACGCCGAAUGCAGACCACAACCAGGCCAACAGCCGGCUCGCUGGGGACGGGACUUUGCCGCUCGUUUUGGAUCGACAACGACGUGUACGGGAUCCCGCCGUACGCCUCACCAACUACCAUUUCCUCCAUCGUCAACUUCUGGCACAACCUCAUCUCUUUCCGCCGAGAAGUGAGCAAGUCACCGGAACAGCAUAAGGAGUCAUGCCUUCAGCCGACGGACCAUGAGAAGGAAUUUGUCUUCACCCAUCACGACCUUGCUCCCCGCAACAUCAUGCUUGAGAACGGAACCGGCAAACUUUGGCUGGUGGACUGGGACCUGGCGGGAUUCUAUCCAUCAUACUUUGAACAUGCGGCGAUGCACAACUUCAUUCCCCCGCCCGAAUGGUCCUGGUUCACACGUUGGAGAUGGAGAUUCUUUGUCUGGGUCGCGACCGGCCUGUACCGGGGCCGGGCGGCAAUGCUGGCUGAAGUACAACGCAAGACAAUCCGAUUCCCCGUAUCACGCCGAUUCAACAUCAGAGCGGGUGCCACGGUGUCUGUCAAAUCCGCAGAUGAUUGAGGGGAAGCGGCGCAUCGGUGAGGUCUCGGGCUCCGCCAAACCCAGGCCCCUCUCUCCGAGUUACUGUUUCCCCAGCCCUCGGCGGCAAGAUGUGGCGGUUCGAACGACUGAGUAACUAAUUAGAUACAAGGGGUACUGGCGGUGCUGACCUAGCCAACCGACGAGUUGCCGGAAUAACUACCACCUGUAUACUAUCCAUUCAUUACAUUAAAGAACUUAAUAACCUUUCACAGAUAUAGAGGGCAUCAGCAAAGAACCCAAGUUACC